CACAGCUGCUAGCUACCUGCAUGCUCCAUCCAUGCCUGUUCCAUGCAAAGGGCUAUAGCUCUGCUCCGUUACGUGGCUCAACCCUUGAGUUAGGUCCCGAAGUAGAAAUCUGAAUGAAAAUAAUUUGACGAGAUGGAGAAUCACCAAACUACCGAGUCAGCAGGAGGCCAAGUCCGAAUGAUGUUGUGGGGAACACCUCGAUCAGUCUCAACCGUGUUCGCCAAGUUCAUGAGCUUCAUCGACGACUCGCAGAUCUUUUUCGAGCCCUAUCUCUGUGCUCGUUGGUUUGGGCCCGACUCCACCAUGUUUCCUGAAAAUCUGGCCAUGGCGAGGGAAUUUGUCGAGGCAGCAUCAGUGGUGACCUCGGUGACCGAGGGAUUCGAGAGAUCUGAGUGUUCUUUCAGUUGGGUCAAGAAGCAGCUAGAAAAACCACACGCCGGUAAGAAGCUCAUCUUCUGCAAGGAAAUGUGCUUCGCUCCUGAAGGUAAUUACGCAUCUCUCCCAGUCGGUUACCAUCACGUGUUCCUCCUGCGACAUCCUCUUAAAGUCUUCCCGUCUUGGAAGAAAAUCUACCCAUUUGGGGAAGGUAAAGACUUCAAACUCGAUGAGGCGCCCCCGGUGUUUUUCCCGACUGGCUUUGCCUUCAAGGAGAUGAGUGAGUUACUGGAUCAUGUGAAGACGACGCUCGAUCCAGAGCCUAUUAUUGUAGACACAGAUGACCUUCUUAGUAAUCCUCAAGGCAUCUUAUCAGAGCUCUUUAAGAAGUUGGGUUUACCUUUUCAAGAUAAGUACCUGCAAUGGGAAGAUGGAGGUGAAAUAUCCAAGAAGUGGAUAAUAUGCAAAACCUUUCUGCAGGGGCAAGUCGUUUGGGACUACUACAAGAAUGCCUUUGGGAGCACCUGUUUCACGAAACCGAGUCCAUUGCCCGAGCGUUCCUCGUUGACUGCUGACAUUCUUCGUUGCGUUGAUGCUUCCAUGCCGUAUUAUGACAAAAUGUUCGCUCAACGUUUAACUCCACAGAAGUAGAACAGAUCAAGAGUAAAAGUGGGAAACCGUUCUGAAAUAAUAUAUUAUAAUUAUCAAAUGAAAUUCAAAUUUAUGAUGUUUUUUAAUUGUAGAACUUCUAUAGGUUUGGUGAGUUGACAAAAAGGUAAACAGGAACUUUUGUAAAAAGAACUUGUGUUGUGGUACUUUUGAGAUAAACUUAUUUCUUUGGCCAGAGUCCAAAAAGUUAUACAAAUUUUUAACAUGUAAAGUAAUCCCACUGGCAACUGAAUAAAUCGGCAGACAAUUGAUUAAAUCCCAACCACUGUUUUUACCUUGAAAUAACAAAUUUAAUUUGUUUUUUUAGUCAAAGAAAAUAUAAGCAGCUGUUGUAAACGGCUUAUAACCCCAAAAACAUAUAAAUGGGAAAUAGUCAUAUAUACUAAAAUAGUUAAUGGUCUAGGUUUCGUCUGUCAUAUAUACUGAAAUAGUUAAUGGUCUAGGUUUCAUCUGUAGAACAGUCUUUCUCAUAAUUUAAAGACAACUCAACUCUUGGAAUUAACAGGUCCAACAAAAAAAGGUUUCGCCUUUGUCCGAUAAACCAGGAUUGGACAUAAUAUUUGUAUGUGUUUAAAAUCAUGGAGCUUAACAAAAAUGUAUCAUACUGGAAAAUAUUUUUUUUAAAGAAUUAUUUCAAAAUAAUGAA